UUUCAUCCAGAAUUCAAUGUCACGUUUGAUCCUUUGAUAUUUACAGCAGAAACUCUGCUUUAAUAAGACAUUAAACAUGUUUAAAUUAAAUAGUUUGUUGGUUAAUUGUAGGAACAAUGUUUGUCGAAAGCUGUUCGUCUCCAUGAACACAAAAGAAAGCUUCCUACGUGGAAACUGUGAACCGACUCAGACCUUCUGUUUUUCUGCUGUCAGACUGGAGGAAGCUGCAGAAUCCACAAAAUCCACCACCGACUUCAGCUAUUUGCCACCGCUGCCUGGUCAGGAUAGUCCGCUGAGGUGGUCUGGAAAAAAGUUUGAGGAGUUACCGAUUGCUCACAUUAGAGCCACAUACAACAAUACUCUCAUUAAUGUGAGGGACAUCGACGGUAAAACACUGGUCAAGACAUCCUGUGGAGCUGAAGGAUUCAAGAACAUCAAGAAGUCCACACCCAUCGCUGCUCAGACCACCGGCAUCUCUGCAGCCACUAAAGCCGUGGCUAAAGGUCUGACGCACGUUCGUAUUGUGGUCAAAGGUCUUGGACCUGGACGUCAGUUUGCCAUCAAAGGUUUGUCAAUGGGCGGUCUUGAUGUUGUGUCAAUCACAGACAACACCGCUGUACCACACAAUGGAUGUCGUCCACGCAAAGUCAGAAGGGUGUGACGGCAGUCGACCGAAACCAUGAAGAACCUGCUAAAUAAAGUGUUUGUUUACUUUC